ACAAAAAGAAAAAAGAAGAACUGGAAAAAAUCGGAGUGAAAGAAUAAAAAAAAAUGAAAUUUGAAAAUUAAAAAAGAAUCAUGGAUAAUAAAACGAUCGAGACUGUUAUGUACAGUAAUGACGUUGAAUUGUUACUAAUGUUACUGCACGCUUUUCAAAUGUACUAUAUACCAUUUCUUGUUUAUCUUGGUUCACUUGGUAAUUGUCUCUCAGUGUGUGUAUUCUUCUGCUCAAAAAUGCGACGAUCAUCAUCAAAUUUUUAUCUCGCAUCACUGGCCAUUAGUGACACUGGUUUUUUACUGUCAUUAUUUAUCACAUGGUUGGGAAUGAUCGAAGUGAAAUUAUACGAUAGACAGGGUUUCUGUCAAUUUUUCACCUAUCUAACGACAGUUUGUAGUUUUUUGAGUGCCUGGUUCGUCGUAUCGUUCACCGUUGAAAGAUUUGUCGCCGUACGUUAUCCACUACAACGACAAUGGCUGUGCACAGUGAAACGGGCGAAAAAAAUUAUUCUCACAAUAACAAUAAUUGGUCUAUUAAUUUGCAGUCCUAUUCUAUUAUUCUCAAAAGUGGAGGCAACAAAUUCAUUUUUAAAUUCAACAAUGUGCACAUUAGACGACGAAUGGCAAAAAUGGGCGAGUAUUUAUAAUGUCAUUGACACUGUAUUAACAUUUGUGGUGCCAUUUUUUUUAAUUGUGAUCUUAAAUACAUUAAUUGCAGUAUCAGUUUGGCGUACUGUUAGAGUGAGAAAAACAUUGACAAUUGAAUCUGAACAAUGUUCUCGUGAGAGUAGACAAAAUUCCUCUCAUUCAUCAUCACGUUCGUCGAUUGUUAAUCAAACAAAAGUUACCAAAAUGCUGCUAAUCGUCUCUAGUGUUUUUCUAUGUUUCAAUUUGCCAGCUUACGUCAUAAGAAUUUACUCCUACUUCCUCAUUCAGAGAAACGAAGAACCACACGUGAAUAUUAUUAUAGCCCAACGAUUAAGUCAUAUACUAUUCGAUACAAAUUAUGGAAUAAAUUUCGUUUUAUACUGUGCAACAGGACAAAAUUUCCGAUCAAUGGUCGUACAUAUAUUAUGCCACUGUUGUCAACGUAAAAAUACCAAAACACUCUCGUCAACGCAACGAUCUAGUCAAAGAAAUUUAUACGUUGGGGAUUCAGGCGGAUCAGUUUCCCGUCAACGAACAAUUACAAUUAACGGCCCGUGGAAAGAGACUUAUGAAAUGCAAUCUUUCUAAGAGGGCAAAAUUUACUCACCAUUAUCAUAUUCCGUAGCAAUCAAAGGACUCACAUUACCAAAGAAUCUUUGAUCAAGUAGUUGUAGAAGUUGCAAAGCAGCAUCGUGAACAGGUGCUCUUGGACAUCCCGUAUUCAUCAGUGUUACAUUUAUCACACUCGUAUAAUGAUCGCAAGGAUAUUCUCUACAAAAA